UUUAUUUAUCUAUUAUGCCGGCAAACAAACACAUUGAAAUACACCAUCCAAAGCAGCAGGGGCAGUAAGGCCCAAGAGCAAACACUUAGCAGCUUUCUCAUGAGGUUUAUUUUGAAAGUCUAGCAUUUGUAAAGCGGAAGUAGUUGCAAAGUACCGCUAAUUUCCCUCUCGAACUUGUCAAUUGCAUGACUAAAACCCUUUGGGAAACGAGCAUUCCAACCGUGUGAAGGGUUACUGAAUGAGACAAAUCUUAAAGCUAUCGUCUAGAACGUCAUCGUGAUUGUUUUCUCAGUGGCUUCGUUUUGUUUGAAGUAUAAAAACACCCUUAUCGAUUGGAGUCUGAAGCCGCGGGCUGUGCUGGAAGUGGAACUUCAGCAAAACAAUGGCAGAUCUCAUGGACAGCGAGCUGGAAGACGGAGAGCUCUCCGGGUCCGGUUCAGAUGCAGAGAUGGGGACGUCUUCAGCGGAACCGCCGCCGAUCCCCGCAGCCUUCAGCGGGCGGGUUCUCCAGAGCAGAGCCGCCGCCUCACAGCCUCCCGCGACCGCCUACCGCAGCUCCAGCAGGGACGUGGACUCGAGCGACACCGGCCAGGAAUCCUCCGACGAAGAGGCGGCUGUUUGGCGCCGGAAGCGCCAGAAAGUGUCUGAUGCUCCGCAGCCACCCCCGGUCCCCGCCACGGCCACCCCCGGCGGCGCGGGAAGCCGCAGAGUGAACAACAUCUGGGGCUCGGUGGUUCAGGAGCAGUGCCAGGACGCCGUCACCGCGGAGCUCGGUGUCUUCGGCAUGGAGGGCGUCAGCACGUCCAGCAGGAGCGUGGAAACCUACAACUUUGUUCUGGCGCGGAAAAUGAUGGAGAAAGAUCGGGAGGUGGAGAAGCUGAUAACGCAGGAGGGGAAAGUGAACACGUUGGACGCCGAACUGGAGGCCUACAUGAACGGUCAGGGAUCAAACGAGGGCGCAGGCGGGGAUGCAAAGAGGAAAAGGCCAAUUAAAGAGAGGCUGGGUCCAAUAGCUGAGAUGGACAUAAAGGGUCGUUAUGAGAUCUCGGAGGAUGACCCCGAUGACAGCGUGGUGGAUGAGAUUGCCUACAGACUGCAGGAGCCCAAAAAGGAUCUGAUUGAGCGCGUUGUUAAAGUUGUAGGGAAGAAGAAGGCAAUUGAGCUGCUGGGGGAAACCGCCACGCUGGAGGAAAGCGGCGGGGUGUACACCAUGGAUGGCAGCAGGCGCCGGACACCGGGAGGAGUUUAUCUAAACUUACUCAAGAACACGCCCAGCAUCUCCAAGUCCCAGAUCCGAAAGAUUUUCUUUGAAGAACAGCAGAAGGACCACAAGAGCAAGAAAGCAGCCCAGAAGAGGAGGCGGCAUGUGCUGGCGAAGAGGAUGAAACAGGCCAUUGGCUCUCUAAACCUGCAGGAACAUGAUGAUGUCUCCAGAGAAACCUUUGCCAGUGAUACCAAUGAGGCCUUGGAGUCUUUGGAAGAGGCUGUAGAAGAGGAGGAAGAGGGUCUGGAGGAGGCUUCAGUGGGAACUGAGAUGCCGGUUGUUUACAACUCUGCAGACCUGGAGGUUUUCUGAGCAUGGUCAGGACAAAGACGCUAAUAUACUCUUUAAAAAAUCAUUUUUGUUUCUGGAGGGAAAAACGCUGCUUGCUUGUCUGUUUCAUAAAGUAGCUGUAGAUUUUGAUGACCCUUCAUUCUGAUCAAAACGUGUCUUUUGAUUCUCAAAUACAGUAAAGCUCUUCUUGUUUUUUCCCAUUAUUGCUGAUGUUGAGCUUAACGUAAGGCAUUUUGUUGUUUAUGGCAAAUCAAUAAAAAACCUGCUGGAACAUUUAUUAAACAGGAAAAAAAAAU